UAGCUCAUCUUGGCACGUCGAGACGAUCUACACUGAUCAGCAGCUUGGCAGAGCGAGCGAAAUGGCGAGCGAGCUCGUGGCCAUGGCGCUGCGGUUCCUCCGGGAGUACGUGCGGGUGUCGGACCUUGCCGUGACAGCGGCGGUGCUGUUCGUCUUCAGCGCGGUCAGGAACCGCCUGUCCACCAAGCCGGGCGCGCCCAUGAUGUGGCCGGUGGUCGGCGUCAUCCCGGCCCUCGUCGCGCACUUCGACAACAUCUACGACUGGGGCGCGGCGGCGCUGGCCCGCACCGGUGGCACGUUCCAUUACCGCGGGACGUGGGGCGGGGGCUCCUCGGGUGUCAUCACCUCCGUGCCCGCCAACGUCGAGCACGUCCUCAAGACCAACUUCGCAAACUACCCCAAGGGGCCCUACUACCGGGAGCGGUUCGUGGAGCUCCUCGGCGAGGGCAUCUUCAACGCCGAUGGCGAGGCCUGGAGCGCGCAGCGCAGGGCCGCCAGCACCGAGAUGCACUCGGCGCGGUUCCUCGAGUUCUCGGCGGGCACCAUCGGCGGCCUGGUGCGAGGCAAGAUGCUCCCGCUGCUGGACCGGAUCGCCGAGCGCGGGGAGGCCGUGGACAUGCAGGACUUGCUGCUCCGGUUCACGUUCGACAACAUCUGCGCCGCCGCGUUCGGGAUCGACGCCGGCUGCCUCGCCGAGGGCCUCCCCGACGUGCCGUUCGCGAGCGCGUUCGAGCGCGCCACCGAGCUGUCUCUGGCCCGGUUCGUCACCCCGCCCUUCGUGUGGAAGGCCAAGCGCCUCCUCGGGGUGGGCAGCGAGCGCGCGCUCGUGGAGGCCACGCGCGCGGUCCGUGAGUUCGCCGAGCGGACCGUCGCCGAGCGCCGCGCCGAGCUCCGCAAGACGGGGACCCUGGCCGGCCGCUGCGACCUCCUCUCCCGGCUCAUGUCGUCGCCGCCGGCCGACCUCCCCGGGGGCUACUCCGACGAGUUCCUGCGCGACUUCUGCAUCAGCUUCAUCCUUGCCGGCCGCGACACCAGCUCCGUCGCGCUGGCCUGGUUCUUCUGGCUCCUCGCGUCCCACCCGGACGUGGAGUCCCGCGUCCUCGCCGACGUCGUCCGCGCCGCCGACGCCGACGACAAGAGCGGCAAAAGCAUGGACUACCUCCACGCGGCCCUGACGGAGUCCAUGCGGCUGUACCCUCCCGUCCCCGCCGACUUCAAGGAGGCCCUGGAGGACGACGUGCUCCCGGACGGCACGGCGGUGCGCGCGGCGCAGCGGGUGAUCUACUUCACAUACGCCAUGGGGCGGGACAAGGUCCUGUGGGGCCCCGACUGCCUGGAGUUCCGGCCGGAGCGGUGGCUCGACAAGCGCGGCGCCUUCGCCGGCGGCGCCGAGAGCCCCUACAAGUACGUGGUGUUCAACGCCGGGCCCAGGCUCUGCGUCGGGAAGCGCUUCGCCUACACGCAGAUGAAGGCGGUGGCGGCGGCCGUGCUGGCGAGGUUCCGGGUGGAGGUGCUGCCGGGGCAGGAGGCUGUCAAGCCCAAGCUCAACACCACGCUCUACAUGAAGCACGGCCUCAUGGUGCGCUUCGCCCGCAGGGAGCAGCGCCACGAGCCGGGGCACGCCGUGCCGGCCGCAGGGCAAGUGGAUUGACAUGGGGGAUGUCCAGCCGGCGAAGCACGAAGCUGUGGAAGAACGGAAGAAUAAGCAAGCCACCCAGUCUAGAGGGGUUCAUGAAGACGUACGUGCAGAUUGAGGUGAAUAAGGUCAUGUGAGUCGAUAAAGCAUAUACGUCUAGUGUCAUAUAUACAGUACUUGUAUGUAUACACACACACGUGUGUGUGUGUGUGUGUGUGUGUGUGUGUGUGUGUGUGUGUGUGUUGUGUCAUGUUUGCGCAGUUCUGAUGAAAAUCACACAACUGCGUUUCCCAAUGAGCAGAUGUAUGUGUGUGAUAAGUUCUUUUAUUUUAUUCUAUAUAAAAAGUGUGCGCGAUAAGUCUAGAGGACCAAUUGAUUCUAAA